AUGGGAACUCAAACAACUGUUUUGGCUGUGACGGAUGAUGUUGUCUUACCUGUUAUCUCUGUUCUAACUGUGAUGAAAGUUGUCGGGGUCGAACGUUGUGAUCCUAUGAUUAUUACUCAAGCCUCCACAAUAAGUCAGGUUCCUUUGGAUUCUUCCUCAGUGGACGCUGUUUUAGCCGUUUCCACAACAUCUGAGUUCCCUACUGAUAAAAUAUAUGGCGAGUUCUCAAGAAUUUUAAAGCCUGGUGGGACUGUUUUUGUGUGCACCAAUUCGGAGGGUGAGAAUGUAGAGUUGCAACAGACCCUUCAAAGGAGAGUGACGUUGGCUGGUUUUAUGGAGCCACAAUCUCUUGAUUUGACAUCAAUCAGGCUGCCUAACUUCAGCUUAUCCGUUGGGGUUCAAGCUUAUUCUUGA